CGCGCGUGGUUUGGGCGGCUUUCUGAAUCCAUCUGCCUCUCCCCGGCCUGAGCGCGACCAAGCGUGGGAUCUCUCGGGCUGGCUGAGGGGAGGGAGUCGGAGCGCGCGCGCGCGCGAGGAGAAGUUGAGACUUUCCUAACUCCCUCCCGGGCGGCGGACAGUGGCGCUUGGCGGGUCGCGGGGAGGGCGAGUCCGUGCCUCCCUCACAGCCGGUGCUGAGCUCCGUGGCGCCGGCGGCAGCGCCGCUUACUUCCUCCUCCUCCGUGCCGCUUCGUUGGGGCGCCGCAGGCAGGCAGUUGAGCUCCCUGGUCUGGUGGGGCAAAAUUCUCAAAUCCUUUGCAUCCAAGUGAAGGGUGAAAAGAAACCAUUGCAGAGGCCAGCUGUCCUUCUAGGGCACUGCACGGGCAGGGAUUCCUGUGAAGGAAAUGAUCUGAAGCUCCUCAGGAUCUUUCUGAGCUUGCCCAGGAACUUUGAAAGGGCCCUGCAUUUCUACUACCAAGAUGGCUCUGCAAAACUUCACACAACCUCAAUAUCACCCACAGCCCACUGGCCCAAGUGGUGGUCUGCUGGGCUUGUACAGUAUGGUGCACUCCUUCCUAGGGAUGGUACAACCCAACACCUUCCCAGCAGAUCUUCUGACUCGCCUGAUCCAGUGCCAGGUUAAUUUCACAGACCCAGCAGCGUAUAAAGAGAUGUUUGUAUACCAAGCAGGCUUCCUCGUUUGCCUUGUCAUUGGUCUUCUUUUCAUCAUCCUUGUGCCCCUGGUGGGUUUGUUCUUCUGCUGCUGCCGCUGCUGUGGACACUGCGGCGGCUCCAUGUACCAGAAGCAGACGAAAAACACCAAUUGCAAGAGGCGGACGUUAUUUGCAUUCCUGCUAGCUGUCUCUACCAUUCUCGUGGCUGGGGAUAUUUGUGCGUAUGUCAGCAACCGUCAGAUAUCACAGGGAAUCAGUGGAGGCUUCAUCACUUUUAACAAUACGAUGGACAACCUGUUCAUGUUCCUGAACUCUAUCCCUAAGGAGAUUAAUGACAUCAUUGACUCCAGUUCGGUGCCACUGAAGCAAGCCAAUCAGAGCCUGCAAGAGAUUGGGCAGACUUUGGGAGACAAGAUCAAGAAUCAAAUAGGUGGACGAGUAAACGAAGCACUGGACGAUGCUGAACAUCUUCUCAAUGUGACUAGCUCUGUGGAAAAAGAGCUCCGGGCAGUCAAUGAGUCAACAAAUCACUUGCGGGACCUUCAGGAACAGCUGAGCCAAAACCUGACCGCCUUGAGCACUGAUAUCAACCAGACUUUGAAAGACUGCGGUGAACCUUGCAAGGGUGUCCCAAUGUGGAACCUGGAGCCUGGGGCCAAUCUCAGUGCGGUUCCGGAUGUCAGCCGCCCACUCCAGCUGUUGACCAAUCUGACAGACUCAAACCCUCAGGACACCAUUGCAAAGGCAAGAAAAGUUCUGGCUGAUAUUCCAAAGAAGGUGUCUGAACAAACAAAAAAAGUGGUGUCUGAAGGAGAGGCUCGCCUCCGUGAUGUUGAGCAAGCGAUUGAAGAUAGCCGUAGCAACUUUUCCACACUGAGCAGAAUGGGGAAUAUCUCUCAGUCCAUGACAGAUGUUGUCAGUUGGGCGAGUACCUAUGAGCCAGAUAUUGUCACCUAUGAUAGUUACAGGUGGAUUGCUGGCCUUUGCCUCUGCUCUCUGGUGCUCGUGAUCAUUGUAUUCAACGUGCUGGGCCUGUUGUUUGGGGCACUUGGGCUAAACCCGCGAGAGAUGCCUACCAAACGGGGCUGCCUCGCAAACACUGGUGGAGGCCUCCUCAUGGCGAGCGUUGGGUUCAGCUUCAUAUUUUCAUGGCUGCUGAUGCUGCUGGUUCUACUGACAUUUUUAAUUGGGGGAAGUAUGUACACAGUGGUGUGUCGGCCAUGGGCCGAUGGGCAUCUCCUUCAGUUUCUGGACACACCAGGGUUGUUUCCUGAAUUCAACUUGACACGGCUCUUGCAUUUGAAGAGUUCUGAUGUGAACCUCUCCAGCUUGUACAAGAACUGUGAAAACAAUGCCCCCUUGUGGAGCACCCUUCACCUGGGUGAGGUCAUCCCUCUGGAUGAGAUCCUAAACACCAGCAAGUACACCGGUAAUAUUGAUGCAGCCUUAAAAAAAAUAAAUAUCACUUUGGGCUCCACUGACCUCCUGAAGGAUGAGCAGAAGCGUCGCCUGCAGGAACUGGGCUCAAAGGAUGGGCUGAACCUGAAUUUUUCCAGUGCUCUGAAACAAAUCAAUGAGACUGUGACAAAACAUGACCUGUCUUCAUUGGCAGCGGUUCUAGAUAAAUUGGCAGAAAACACAACAAUUAAUGAGAAAGCUCGGAACGAUUUUCAACUGGAGGCCAGAAGGCUGAGGAAGCUCCAGAAUUGGGUCAAUGACACGUUUCCUCCUCAGAUGCACAUCCUGAGAAGCAGCAUUCGAAAACUACAGAAGUCUGUCCCUCAGAUUCCGGGUACAGCGAACGCCACGUUGUCAAAAAUAGAAGAUGCUCAGAUAUUUAUGAAGUGGCAGGCGCAGGACAUUGUCAAAAACGAGACUUCAGCUUUCGUGAAAACUCUGCUGGGUUUAUUUGAAUCAUAUAUAGACUGGGCAAAGAGUACCAUCAAAGAGCAAGUGGGCCGCUGUGGCCCUGCAGCCUGGGCACUGGAUAGUGUGAAUACCGUGGUCUGCAGCUGCGUUGUCAAUUCAUUGAACGCCUUCUGGUUCAGUCUAGGCUGGUGCACUGUCUUUCUGCUGCUGAGCAUCAUCUUGGCUGUUCGGCUUGCCAAGUUUUACCGCAGAAUGGACAUGGAUGACGUCUACACGGACGGUGCCAUGGAAAACAUGGAACUAUCAAGGCCACCACAUAUGUUCAAAAUGCCCCGAGCAGAGCUGAGGAACUAGCAGUUACCUUGCCAAUUACCUUGCCACCUUUCGUUCUUGAGCAACACUGAGGAUGACACAUGAAUGUCUGCAGAACUGCUUUUUGCUUCUCUUCCCAAUGCGGAGCAUAUGGAUCACCACUCAGAAGCAAAUUCUCCUUGGCCAAGUUGACUUAUCCUGUGAAUGACACCAUUAGGUGUAGCUGCAAGACAUGUUACACAAGAGCAGGCCUAGCUGUGUUCCCAAUACGUAGCCCCACGUGUGUGUGUGUGUGUGUGUGUGUGUGUGUUCUGUGUGUUUCUACCCUAAAGACUAGGCUUGCAGUCUCUGCACUAUGACAUUUCUGCAAAGCCACGAUCCUCCCAUUGGGACUGUAGCUCCUUAUGCCACACUGCAGCAUGUAUAAGUAUUCUGGAGAGCAUGCCUCUUCUUUGAACACCAGUGCCUUACACAGUUAUAUGCCAUUGAAUGAUCCUGCUGGCUUGGGUUGAUGGCUGACUGUGCUUGCUUUCUGUCCAUAAUAAUGAUGGUGGCUCCAGUGAAUGCAAUUAAUCCACCCAGAAGCAGCAAAACUCUCUCCCUGUCCCCAUCUCUAUUUGGGGUUCAGGAAUGCCGUCUGAUGCAGCUGAAUCCAGGAUUUUGUGUGACACAGCUAAAAUGACUGGCUGGGGAAUUUUGGCAAUUCAAUUAUGGGCAUUACAAGAAGCAUCAGGCUGAGCAACAUGACAAUCCUCCCGCAAGGAAGUGGGAGCUGACUUCAGUUUUAUUGGGACUGCUUUAUUUUUUUAACCCUCUAUGGUUUUCUACUGUGUGUUUAAAUUUACAAAGCAAAAUCGUGUGCUCUAAAUCUCUUAAUAAUGAAGGUAUAACUGAAUUGUGUACAAUGCAUUGACAAUGCACUCUUAUUUAAAAAUGCUAAAUAGUGCCUUGCUGUCUCAGGGCAAUUUCUAUCUAUCCUUUACAACAGGGGUGAGGAUCUUGUGGCCUUCCAGAUGUUGUCUGACUCCAGCUCCCAUUAGCCCUAGCGAUCAUGGCAAAUGAUAAGGACUUAUGGAAGUUGUAGUCCAGCAACAUCUGGAGGGCCAUACAUUCUCCAUUCCUGCUUAACAAGAAUCCCAGCAACCAGCAAGUGCUAGGUGGUCCCACCUUCUCCCCAUCCCUACUCUAGACUGGAAAGAAAGGAGCAAGUACUGUAUAGCAAAAGGAGCCUUAGCUAAAAAACAACAACCAAACAACGCAUACUGUAUGGUUCUGCUAAUCCACAUGUGCAGAAAACACAUGUUGCCUUAGGCCACUCAUCAGCAACCUGUCCUCCAGAUGUUUCAGACAGUGAUUUCCCAAGGCAGUACCAUUGCUGAGGCUGAUGGGAAAUGGCAGUCCUAAACAUCUGAAAAGCACCAAGUUGGCAAAGGCUGGUCUAAGUCGGUGGCUAGAACACUUUUUCACAUUUCAUGUCGUCCCUUGCUAUCUCAGGACAUGCAUUGUAUGUUCCCCUAUUGUAUGAACUUCUUCUACCCUCCUCCUUGAUUUGCAGUCUUUGGCAUUUUAUAUUUUCCCAAAACAAUGAAUUUAUACAAAUGCAUUGUGCCAAAAAAAGUAGGUCUCACUGCGGACCGAAAACUCUAGUAGAGCUGGGACUGGCCUCAGCCUAACUUUCAUGCCUUCAAUCUAAACUGCGGGUGGAGUUCAGUGUAGCACUAAGGCGAACUUCUGUCCGUGGAAGGAUUUUUCCUUAUGCAACAGAGUGUUCUCCAACAAAAUCUGUUUUAGGGGUUCCCCCAGUCCUUGGGAGAAAAUGGGGGGGGUGCAGGACAUGCACGGGGGUAGGGGGGGGAGUCCUGUCUGUGCAAGCAGAGACCGUUCUGCUUGUGAAAUAAUUUAGUUGAGCAUUGCCCGUGUGGUAAUAAAGCUUGUCUCUCUUUAAUGGGUUACAAGCUUUCAAUAAGAAGUCCAAGAAGUAAUCAGAAACAGCAUGUGCCAGAUUCCAAGAUACAUUGUACUACCUCCUUUAACAACCACCAGUGGAUUGUACAUUCCACCAGAAAUGCUGGUCUAAAUGUACAUAGAAUAUGUUUAUUGUCAAGGCUGUAUGUUUUUAAAAUUUGGUCUCUGUUAUUGUAGUGAUGUAUUUUCCCAGGUGGAAAGAAGCCUCCCAUGCACCCCAUUCCUGUUUCUAAUAAAUUUCAAUUUGGAUUCCU